UUUGACAGGAGCCCAGGCACCUCCACCCUAAGAGGACCUUCGAUGUCAGGGUGGCACAACCCUUCUUUCCCCAGCACAGCGGGCAGAUCAGGCAGAUCACAAGCAGCCCAGCCAGUCCACACCAGCUUCUGUGUCCCCGUUCAUCUUAAAUAAGGACGCCAUCUUCUUUUACUGUUCAAGAAAGAAGUGUCUCUGUCAUACACAGGGGGAAAAUGCUCUUUUGGGUGUUAGCCCUCCUGAUCCUUUGUGGUUUUCUAUGGCAUUAUAAAGGACAGCUAAAGAUCACGGACAUCACUGAUAAGUACAUUUUCAUCACUGGGUGUGACACUGGCUUUGGAAACUUGGCAGCCAGAACUUUUGAUAAAAAAGGAUUUCAUGUAAUUGCUGCCUGUCUGACUGAAUCAGGAUCAACAGCUUUAAAGGAAGAAACCUCAGAGAGGCUUCAUACUGUGCUUCUGGAUGUAACUGACCCAGAAAGUGUCAAGAGGACUUCCCAGUGGGUGAAAAACCAAGCAGGGGAGAAAGGUCUCUGGGGUCUGAUCAACAAUGCUGGUGUUCUCGGCGUGCUGGCGCCCACCGACUGGCUGACAGUGGAGGACUACAGAGAACCUAUUGAAGUGAACCUGUUUGGACUCAUCAGUGUCACGUUAAAUAUGCUUCCCUUGGUCAAAAAAGCUCGGGGGAGGGUUAUCAACGUCUCCAGCAUUGGGGGUCGGCUUGCAUUCAGCGGAGGGGGCUAUGCUCCAUCCAAAUAUGCAGUAGAAGCCUUCAAUGACAGCUUAAGGCGGGACAUGAAAGCUUUUGAUGUGCACGUCGCAUGCAUUGAACCAGGAUUGUUCAAAACAGAUUUGUCAGAUCCAGUAAAGACCACCGAAAGAAAACUCACCAUUUGGAAGCAUCUGUCUCCAGACAUCAAACAACAAUACGGAGAAGGCUACAUCGAAAAAAAGCAAAUGUGCUUUUGUCGCUUUUUUACAGGUCUAAACAAGCUGAAAGGCACUACAUCCCUUGGGAACAUGGACCUUUCCCUGGUGGUGGAAUGCAUGGACCACGCUCUCACAAGUCUCUUCCCUAAAACCCAUUAUGUUGCUGGAAAAGAUGCCAAAACUUUCUGGAUUCCUCUGUCUCACAUGCCAGCAGUUUUGCAAGACUUUUUAUUGUUGAAAAAGAAAGUAGAGCUGGCCAAUCCCAAGGCAGUGUGACUCAGCUGACCACAAACACCUGCCCCAGGCUAUGAGACUGGCUGAUUCCAAGGACACAUCUCCUUCUCCAUCUCAUUCUUUACCUAAUCCAACCUGGACUCAUUUAGAUGAUGCUUCUUUUGGUAAAAGAAGAGAUCCCACCAUCACUGAUGAUGUCCCAGGGUCCCUUCUCAAACUUUAUUUGAAAAGAUGGGCAGGUAUGACACCUGCCCAACAUUUCGGCUUUGCCUGCUUGGUAUGAUGUAAGGAAAAUGGGAAGGCUUUCCCAUCCAAAAUGAUCUCCACCCCUUGCCUGCCCCAUGCUUCUAGUCCACAGCACUUAAAAGUAACUCCUGAAUGUUAAAUAUUUGUCCCUUAUCAAAACAUUGAGAGAUAAUGAGUACUUUCAUAAGUGGAUUAGGUGUGUUAUCUUGCUGAGAGUAAGAUUAAGAAUAAGGAUUAGAACUCAGUUCUGUGAGCUUUGAUGGAGGCAAGAAAAGGAAGUGUAAUGAAGCAUUAUGGAACUGGUAUAAGCUAAAGGGCAGCAGAAAAAGACUAGGUAAGACUACAAGUAGGAGGGAAGGAAAAGGAGAAAAGGAAUAGGAGGACUGAAAAAAAGAAACAAGUGUCAAAGUAGAGGUAGGGAGAUUCCAAGACAAGCCUGCCUAUCCUAGAGGGAACUACAGAGGACGGACAGCUUCUUCGAGGCCACUGUGAACAUUGAUGCCCAUACAGCUCUCUGUGGAAGGAUGGUAACAACAGAGGAACCAGUCAUUCCAAAAGAAGAAAAAUGUAGAGCAUGUGUGUUUAUUCUGGUUUAUUGUAAAUAUAACAAGACAUAGACUAUCUGAUACAAUUACACCUGAGAUGGUUGGAAAUCCAAUAUUUGAGGGGUCUCUGAAGCCCCAUGAAAAUACAGAGCUAAAUUCAAAGACUCUCUUUCACCUACAGUUACAGUGAGAGCAGGUCUGCUCCUGGCUCAUAUCAUGGUUCUAAAUUGGGUUGACUCUGGACCCACCCCCCCAUCCAAAAGAAACAGCUGCCUAAACGGAUGUUUGCCCAAAGCCCAGCGCCCAGCCCAGUAUCACUCACAGAGUUUGGCUGAAUAUUUACACGAAAAGCCCAAAUUGUCAAAAUUUAACAUUUGCUGCAGAUUAAUGUAGGGUGAAACAGCGGGAGAAAUUAUCUAGUGUGCAUAUUUGUGUGUACGUGCACACACACACUGAGCUUACUGUGAAGAAACUAUUUAAUGUCUGCUGCUUGAAACCAUGUCACUUAGAAGAUAUCAGUAAUUCAAUUCAUUUACACUCAUCUUUCAGGAAACAUAUGCCUAUGAGGUAGUUUCCUCCUUUCACAUUUGCAACAUACUGAUGACUUUGAAAAAUCACAUUUCCAAUGGUGUCAGGUCCACCUGAAAAUAUAUUUCAUUAUUUUGAGAGAAGAUGCACUCAUCCUUUUUGCAUGAAAAUGAAGAAAAUCACAGCAAGAAUCAGAUAGAAAAAUUCUUGGGCAAAGUUAUCUCAGCUAUCAUCACUACCUACUUAUGAACUCAUCUCCAUCUUGGUCCUAGCCCCAGAGACAGUCCACCUAUAGAUUCCUGAUUUCUUCUGGUUGCAAUUAACCACCUAUGGGUUAGGUGACUGUCACUCGGCUUGUCCUUGGAGCUGAAGUUCAUCUGCAUUGUUUGCUGGGGCUCCUCCUUCUCACCUUGAAUUCCUAGAUCUUGGCUUCAUUUCAUUGCUUUAAAAACAUCUAGCCUGCUUCUCCCUGACCUUCUGGGCCUCCAGGGCUUUAGAAUCUGCAGGAACCUCCUUUGUUAAACUUUCCACCGUGUUGUUGGGCUUACCUAAUGGUGUUAUUUCCUUUGUUUCACCUAGACCUGAGCGCUUUACUCAUUUCUCCAAGUAGCUACAAUUGGUAAGUCCCUGUUUCACCCAACCAAAAAAAAUGCUGUACUUAAAUGAAUGCUCUCAAAUAAGAUAUCACCUUAAAAUGAAACCAAAUAUAUUCAUCCAAGCAACUUUUAAAGCUUUUUCAACUAAAUGACAAGGUGGGGGCAUUUGGAGUAGAAAGGCGUAGUCUCAACAAAAGCACAAGACCUGGGAGGGAGGGAGGGACUCACGGGGGAGGGACAUGGGAAGGUCACGGCACCAGGAGUCUGAACUAUGGGUUCCUAGACAUCUCUCCAUCUCACCAUCACCUCUCAUAUUCUCUGUGCUCUUGGGGAAAUACAUUUUUAUCAAUAAUAUUUUGGUGGACAUAUGUGCUGGGCUUUCUGCUAAGCACUGGCCUAUAGUCAGGAACAAAAUGGAUAUGGUCCCUUCCUUCACAGAGCUUAAGGUAAUCCAAAGGUUGAGGCUGCCACUCAGAAUGCCUUAGAGGAGCUUCUCCAGGAAUCUCUGGUCAAGAGGAAUUGAGACGCCGUCUUCUGCCACAUUGAGCUUGGGAGGUCCUUCCCCACUUAGUCUGGAGGGACCAGGAGAACUUCCCAGAUGUUCCCUCUGGUCUGAUCUAAAAAUCCAUCUGUGUCUGAUAUAGCUCUAUCUGAACAAUAUAGUCAAAUCUGGAGUUUCUAUCUCCCUCGCCCCACCUACCCUUUCCCAGUCCAGCACCAACUACUGUCAAUUUUAUCUCCUGAGGAGACCUCACGUCCAUCUACUUCUCUUCAUGUCCAGUGCAACCAUCUGCUCAAGCGUCCAUCAUCUCUUAUCUCAACUAUAGCAUAUUUACCCUUUGUGUGUAGCUUCAAUGAUUUCUCCUCACUGCAGUCAGAUUGUUCAAAAUUAAAAUCUGAUCAUGCUGGUCUUCUCCCCACCUCCACUUUCCUAACCCCUUCAGUAUGUUCCCAUUGCACUUAGACUGGAUUAAAAUGCAUAACACAAACUACGUUGUCCUGGCAUGCCUCAUGAGCCUCAUUUUAGGCUACUAUUCUCAUUUUGCCAUCUCAGGGCCUUUGACCAUGCUUCUCCCUAGAACGUUCCGAUUUUACCUGCUUAUCCAGUUUCCUCAUCCUACGAUCUCAGCCCCUUCCUCAGGGAAGCGUGUACAAUUCCAAAAUCUGACCGUCACCUUUUCCUCCCAAUUAGGUUCCCAUCUUCUACAUUCUCACAGCACCCUAUAAUUUACGUCAGGGCACUUAUCACAGUCUGUAAUUAUGUAUUUGUGUGGCUGGUAAGUUAGUUAAUAUUGGUCUUCCCUAUCAGUUUUUUUCUUAACUUUUUAUUGACAUUGGCAAAUUAAAAUAGAAUAAAUUAACAAGUAUUUUUUCCAAAAAAUGUUUUGUACAAAAAUACUGUCAAAAUUUCCUAAAAAGCUUUCAACACAGUAGUAUUUUUUCAUGUACUGAAUAUAACUUUUAGCACAGUGUCAAAAAUAUUGAAGACAGAAACAAAAUAAAAAUCUGUGAAAUGUUUGCCACUGAUGACAUUCCACACCCUAUUAUUGUCUGUACAUAUGGGGGAGGGGGACAGCCACCUCGAGAGCGAACAGUAUGACUCUCCCUAUCAAAUUUUAAGUUCCAUGAUAUCAGGAACCAUGAUGAUUUGCUUCUCUUCGUAUUCCCUUGCCCAGCACAUUACUGGCACAUAGACCAGUGUUCAAUAAAUAUUUGUGGAAUAAAUUCAGAAAUCAGCCUGUAUUAGCCGUUCUGACUAAGGUGCCGUCUAUCACUUAAGAUCAAGUUUGCCAGCCUCAUUACUUGUGCUAUCAAUGUGUCAGUUCAACAAAAUCCUGUAACUUCCUUAAGCCUUUGAGUACUUCCACAAGGGUUCCCUACCUCUGGUUCUGCUAUCAGCAUUCCCUCAGAGAUUAGUCAGUGUUGCCAUAGUGAUUUCCCAUGACCUGUUGAUCCAAAGACACUGUGAAGGAGCCUGCGUCUAUGUUGAGACUUCCUGGGUCCAGGGGUCACAGAAAAAGAGAACAUUAGAAAUCAAUUUGUCCAGGAAAUUCCCUGGCAGUCCAGGGGUUAGGACUGCGUGUUUUCACUGCAGAGGGCCCAGGUUCAAUCCCUGGUCAGGGAACUAAGAUCCUGCAAGCCGCGUGAUGUGGCAAAAAAAAAAAAAAAAAAU